AUCAAUUCUGUAAAAUAAUCUCUUUAUUUUCAUGUAUCAAUUUUUCUUAUUUUAAUACAGUGAUAAUGAAUUUUUAGCAUCAUGUUCUUCAAUUGUAAGAUCAAAACAAAAAUCAAUUAAUAUGUAAGGCAGACAAUUACUACGAAGAUAUUUGCAACUGUCAUGCAUUAUCAAUUGCGCGUCGCCAUUGUCAUUAACUAGUUUGUAAUAUCAAAUGAAAAAGAUGAAACUUUACAUUUUGAAUGAAAUGUAAAAUUAUAAUAUUGUGAGAAUAAAAAUACACUUUGUCUGAAUGUAAAUCGUGACUAACUUUCAUGAAUGCCCACUUAUACUUGCGUACAUAUUAAAAUGCAAAAAGGUAAUUGUUGCGCACUUUCGUAUGUGCGCACUCAUACUUGAAAAAGUGCGCGCUUUCGCAUUGUCGCACGCGCGCAUUGCAAAAUAUUCUCGCACUACAACCUGGCGCUAUCUCGCGCGUGAAGGGAGAGAAGAAAGACGCGCCGCGCUUUGGCGAAUUUUCGAGCAAAACCCACAACGUUCGCGAGACGACUCUGUCUGGCAGUCUAUGUAGCUUGAACAGUAACUGAUCACUUACGCAGAGAGCAAGAACAGCGACAAAGUAUAUUUUGAAAACGUCACGCCGUUCAAGAGGUUAAUAUAACCGGUAUACAAAAUAAAUAAAGUUUGUUUUUUUUCUUUCUCGUACUUAAAUCAGAAAAGAAGCGAGUCUAGAACGAUUUGCCGUGAUAAUAAUAUUGCAAAAAUGGAGCAUCAAUGCCAGUGUGGCCAUGCCCAUGACGAGACCAAUCUAGGAGUUCAAUACAGUCUUCACGAAAAAAUUGAUUUGCAAAACGUUGAGUGCUUGAACGAGGUAGUCGAAGGGUCUGGAGCCAAAAUUUUCAAGUCGUGGGAAAAUCGUCUUGAUCAUACAGAGUACGUGGAAAGUGACGUCGACGAGGAGUUGCUUUUCAACAUACCAUUUACUGGGGAUGUAAAACUCAAAGGCAUAAUCAUUGUUGGGGGUCCAGAUAAUUCACAUCCAUCGGUUGUUAAAAUGUUUAAAAAUAGAGAAGGUAUGACUUUUGAUGAAGCUGGAAGCAAAGCAGAUCAACAAUUUGAGCUUGUCAAAGAUGAUCACGGAGUACAUGAAUAUCCUGUAAAAGCGGCUAUAUUUUCAUCAGUUCAUCAUUUGACUUUGCACUUCACCGGUAACAGUGGUGCUGAGAAAACUAGAAUCGAUUACAUUGGUCUCAAAGGUGAAUGGUCACCAGGUCAUCGUCAUGGAGUAACCAUCUGUACAUAUGAAGCAAUGCCACAGCACGGUGAUCACAUUGAUCCUGAAAAUCCAUUUGACGAUUUUUCUCGUGAAAUAUCGUAAAUUCAUUACAAAUCAUCAAGUAAUGCUUACUUUCAAUUCAUUAUCAUUAAAAAUCGCGAUUUCAUCUUCUACUUUGAUUUAACGUUCAAAUAAUUUGCUUUUUUUAAAUUUUCACUUGAAUGAUCAAUCAUGUAUUUUAUUAAAAAUUCACAUCGUUUAUUAGUUAAUAUCAAAUACUUAGUACAUAAGACGAUACAACAAAAAAAAAAAUUAAGCUGUGAUUAAUCUGUGCUUGUAAGCUUGAAACUGUACAAAAGUAAAAACGUAAUUAUAUUAAUGAAUUCGAUGUAAAAGUACAGUACUCUGUUUCUUUGAACAGCAUCAAGCGCAAAAGAGCAUGAAAUAAAUGAGUUUUCUAUAUUUAAAAUAA